AUGUUGCAAUCAAGUCUGCGUCACGUCACACGACCACAACGUCUACUGCGUCUUACAGGAGGAGGUGUGCUAUCUCAUGCUCCACCACGAAUUCAUAACAUCACUUGCUCUAGUAGCAAGUUGUCCAAUGUCGUGUUGGUGUCGUCGUCUCACGAGACGUCGUCUUUUCUCAUGCGGCCAUUAUUGCUGCAAUACUCACCACGACAAUACUAUACUCAAGCUCGUAUGUUCUCUGGUCUACCCAUGAAACCAUCUACAUCCUCAGUGGAUGCACCUCCAACACCUGCUGAAGCAGCUGCCCUGAAGAAGAAAAUUGCGGCUGCGAGACGUCGACGCAGUAAGAUUCGUGUACAGGAGGAAAAGCUCGAGUCUGCAUUGGAAAAAGGAGGCGAACGACGAAUGAUUCGUGUACAAGACGUGGAGAAGGAGCUGCCAAAGAUGCCGGAGCGUGCUGUCACCUUGUUAAAGCGCACACCGGAGCUUACAAUGAAGGGAAUCAAGGCUGUAGCUCAUGCACUACAAGUAUUGGCCACGGACCCAGCAGCAGUAAAGGCGUGGCUUGUAAAGAUGAAGGGUAAGGUGAAGCAUGAAAUUGAUCAUUACUGGCUGGGAACCAAACUGCUGUAUGCAGAUGUGUCAACGUCGACGCGUAUCUUGCGUCGUCUAUUGAAAGGUAAUGCACUUUCACGUCGUGAGCGCAAACAGCUGCAGCGCACAGUGGCGGAUUUGCUUCGCCUUGUGCCAUUUGCGUUUUUUGUGGUCGUACCGUUUAUGGAACUGCUACUGCCUGUGGCGCUGAAAAUGUUUCCUAAUAUGCUGCCGAGCACGUACAAAGACUCAUUCCAGCGUGAAGAAGAUAUGAAGCGUCAGCUGCAACUACGUGUGGCGCUAGCUGGUUUUCUGCAAGACACGGUCAAGGAGAUUAUGCAGGACACACGCGACACGGAAGGUGUGUCCGAGGAGAGAAAAGCUACCGCUAGCGAAGUCAUGAGUUUCGUCGAGCGUGCUCAGCGUGGUGAGCCCUUGACGUCGGAAGAGACACUUCAGGUUGCAAAGUUAUUUAGUGAUGAACUGAUGUUGGACAAUAUUUCGAGGCCGCAGCUUGUGGGUAUGUGUCGGUUCAUGGGUGUGCAGCCCUACGGCAAUGAUAAUCUAUUACGUUUUCAGCUGCGUAAUCGUAUUCGUCAGCUGAAGAAGGACGACCAAGACAUUAUUUGGGAAGGUCUCGACUCACUUGAUAAGGAGGAGCUGCAGAUGGCCUGCAUGGAGCGUGGCAUGCGCGCUACGGGACUGACCAAGGCUGGCUACAUUCGUCAAAUGCGCCAGUGGCUUGAUUUGUCUAUCAACAAGAACGUCCCGGCGUCGCUGCUCAUCAUGUCGCGGGCGCUGAACAUUACUGCUGCGGACAACCUGGAGGAAGCACUUGCUACUUCAAUGUCGUCCAUGGACGAGGAAGUGGUGACAGAGGUGGCUUUGGCAGCGAACGCGUCUACGGAGGGAGAAACAGCCGAGAUGCGUAAACUGAAGCUUGAUAGUAUUCGGUAUCAGAAUGAGAUGAUUGCAGACGAAGAGAAGUUCCGCGAUGAGGCUCACAAGAAGGAUAGCGAGGCUCAGAAGCAGGCUGAGAGCGAGGCAGCUGCGACCCAGGCCGCCGCCACUGCUGCUGCUGACACACAGACUGAGGUGGAGCAGGUAAUUACCGAUGUGAUUAUGGAAAGGGCGCAGACUCAACCAGCCCCGGCUGCUUCGACAGCAUCAAGUGCUGUCUCUGAAACUAAGUCUGAAGAGGACGCUUCUGUGCCACCCAAGACCAUUGAGAAUAUUGUAAGCUUGGAGGAGCUUAGUGCUCUCGAGUCGCUUGCGUUCAAGUCACUGGUUGAGAAAGAGCGUCAGGCGGUGAGCCAGCUGAAGCAAAACAAGCACGAUAUGGAUGUUGAGGGGCUGCUGGCGGCUGGCCGUAUUGGUGUACAGGCUACGGAAAACAGAACCGCUGGCCGUAUGAUGAAGAAGCUUGAGUCUAUGCUGUCCAACCUCGAGGUGGAAAUUGAAGAGGUUGACCGUCACGUUGGUGACCGUUUGAAUAUCCUUGAUCGCGACAGCGAUGGUGUGCUGUCAGCCGAAGAGCUGCGUGAUGCCGUUAUGACAAUUCUGCGCAAGGCGAACACUCAGGAGGAUGUUGAGUGGGUUAUUUCACAUAUUGACGAAGACAAUGACGGCAAAAUUGCUCUGGAGGAGCUGGUUGCCUGGAUUGCAAAGUGCCGCGAGAGUUUGGAAGCUACAGGCCGCAUUUCUCUGCAGGAGCCAACGGAUACAUGUGCGGAAGCUGCUGCUGCGGCAGAGGCUGAGAAGACUAAGGUGGACAAGGCCGACAAGGCGAAGGUCAAGCGAGCGAACAGCCGUAAAAAGAAGGAAAAGGGGCACUAG